AUGGCGCGGGGCGGGGCCAGAGACUGUCCGUGCCUGUCCGAGACAUCCGCUUCCGGGGCCACGGCCGUCGGACUGAGGGGCUCGGCGGGUCGGCCAGGCUACGUUCGGUGUCGCAGCCCGCAAGCCUCACGCCUUAGGAAUCGGCUACGCUCGUUUUGCUGUCCGGAUCAGUCUUCUCCGUCAAUCAUGCUGGAACAUCUGAGUUCGCUGCCCACGCAGAUGGAUUACAAAGGGCAGAAGCUAGCUGAACAGAUGUUUCAGGGAAUUAUUCUUUUUUCUGCAAUAGUUGGGUUUAUCUACGGGUACGUGGCUGAACAGUUUGGGUGGACUGUCUACAUAGUUAUGGCUGGAUUUGCUUUCUCGUGUUUGCUGACACUUCCUCCGUGGCCUAUCUAUCGCCGACAUCCCCUGAAGUGGUUACCUGUUCAAGACGUAGGCACAGAAGACAAGAAAUCAGGGGACAGAAAACUUAAGAGGCAUGCUAAAAACAAUUGAUUGGGGCCCACACGAUUCGGCAGCUGCUUUCGUUUACUGUAAGAUGGGCUGAAUUGCUUUCACAACCAAAACAUGAGCUUAAACCACCUGUUCUUGCAGACAUCUAGUUGACCUCUCAUUUCUAAUCCAAUUGUACUUUAAUUUAUAACUAUUUUAUACCGUCUCUUCAUAAUCUUGUUACGGAGAACAGGAAAUACAAGUAUGCAAUGCUUCUUUCAGGUAUACAUAAUGAAUAAACACCUUAUAUCUGGUA